UAUGUUUGCAUUUACGAAAUAACGUCAAACUUGUUUUUAUUAUUGCCUCUUGGGAUUGUAAGUACCCCACAUGUCUCAAUAGCAACCGCACCAAAGCAGACGCAACUGGUAGUAAAACUGUCCCAGUGUUGCAGUGUCCAUAAGUGUACUCUACCCUACUGGCUACCCCGAAACUGGUCGAACUGGUUUGCUACAGCUGCCUGCCUGUGUGUGUGCUCCGGGCCAUUUGCUGCUCUCUAUGGGGAAACUUGCUGGGAACGUACUGGUUAGAACUGGAUUAAACUGGUGUUUCCUCUACAAACGUACCAGUCACCAGUACCAGUGGUUCAUCGAGAAAGAACAAAGAAACGGAAAAACUGUUAUGUGUAAACUACGACUAAACUAAAGUGUUUUACGUUUAUAGAAGUGCGGCUUUUUUUUUUUAUCACUUGAAGAUUUCUACACAAAGAAAGGAACACUUUUAAACUUCUGUGUAUUUUCUCAGGUGUUAUCUAGUGUGACUUUCCAGCGCGGGAUCAUGUCAAAAAUGGUUAUGUAAAACAAACUCCAUAGGGGAUCAUACACUUUUACAAAAUGUUUAAAUGUUUAAAAAAAAAAAAAAAAAAAAAAAAAAAAAAAAAACGCCUCAAAACAGAAAACUGCCAUUAGGGUCCGAGUCAGAAAAGUCUCAGUUGUCAAAAAUAAAAUAAAAUAAUAUAAAUAAAUUACGGAAAAGUGUGUUUUAUGGAUAUCUAAAAUACUUUUUUUUUUUUAGUACGAAUAUACAAUAACUUGAAUAUCUUUGGAGCCUCUUUCUAAAUGGUUUUCUAUUUUUUCAAGGACUUCAUUUUUACUUUCUGUUUUUCUCGCGUUGAUUAUUAGAGCCUGGUGUUGUGUGAAGAAAAAAAAAGCUCAUUUCCUGGAGUGCAGGGGAGACCAGGCCUGAGCAGCUGAUCGCAGAGGCCUUUCCCUUUCCCCCCUUUGUGUGUGUUUUAUAUAUAUAUUUUUAUACUUAUAUGUGGAAAAUAGUAAUCAUAAUUAAAGUGCAGGACCAAAGAAGAAAGAAUGUUUGCUUUUGUGAGGUUUCUGGAAGACGAUGUUUGCUACGCGCUUCCAGUUUCCAAUGUAAAGGAUUUUAAACCUCUGCACAAGACGGAUUUCGAUAAUCAAAAGGUGUAUUUGGUUAAGAGAACAGAAGAGAAUGGCACAGGCCAGCCUGGAAAUGCACAAAUACUGGCGCUUGCAGAAAACAUACAAGAGUUUGAACACAGCAUUCUGCAGAAGAAGAUGAAGAUUCCCAAACUCUCCACAAAAGAUGUUGAAAAAUCACAGCAGAAUCACUUUGGGGAGGAACCAAUGCCACUCAGACACAAAAAGGCACAAGAGCACAGUCGCUCCUCGAGCGCAAACUCCUCAAAGAGCCUGGCGGCUGUGGUCGCACGGCUGGAGCGCAAUGCUGUGAACUCGUACGCGGAGGGUGAGGAGGAGGAAGAGGAGGAGGAGGAGGAUGAAGAUGAGGAGGACAAUGAGGAGGACAGUGUGGUGGAGGACUCGGGCACAGGGGAGGCCAUGGUGCCACGCUACCUCUAUGAGGAGCUGGUGCACAACUACAGGCAGCAGGAGGAAGAGAUGCGGCGCCUCCAGCAGGAACUGGAGCGCACACGCAGGCAGCUGGUACAGCAGGCCAAGAAGCUCAAACAGUAUGGCAGCCUGAUGACCGAAGUGAAGGAGCUGAGAGACUUCAACCGGAGGCUGCAGGACGUCCUGCUCCUGAGGCUCGGCAGCGAGCCAAUGCACGACAAUGGCACUCAGACAAUCAAGGUUGAUCCGGUGGAGCCAAUUAUGGAGCCACAGGAGGUCUGUCGGGAAGAGGCUAACGCCAGCUCUAGCUCCAGCCACUCUCCGUCCCCCAGAAACGUAUACACUUUCAACGAUGGGAAGGUACACUUGGGUGGUGGGAUUUGGGUGGAUGAGGAGAAGUGGCACCAGUUGCAGCGCACGCAAGGAGACUCUAAGUUCACCAAAAACCUGGCAGUGAUGAUCUGGGGCACAGAGACCCUGAAGAACAGGAGCGUCACAGGGGUAGCUACCAAGAAAAAGAAAGACGCCUUGCCUAAGCCCCCGCUCUCGCCAAGUAAACUCAAAAUCGUGAGAGAGUGUCUGUACGACAGAGUAUCUCAAGAAACAGCGGACAGUGCUGAGAUUACACAGAGACUGUCCAAAGUGAACAAAUACAUCUGUGAAAAGAUCAUGGAUAUCAACAAAUCAAUCAAGAAUGAGGAGAGGCGGGAAUCCAAGUUGCUUAUUAGACAGACAGUCAAGAUGGAGAAUUUCACCUACGAUGGCAUAUAGUAUUAAAAGUUGUCACCAUAACUCAUUCCAUUCCUCAUAGCGUGCCUAAAAGGACGAGACUGGAUGAUGCCCUACUCUCUUGAAGCUGCUCAAAAGUGACAGAAGAAAGUACGUCCUCCACGCACAUCCUUUUAGGCCUGCCAUAAGAAAUACAGCGAGGUACGGUGACAACUUUUAGCAAGACAUGCCAUCAGAAUUUCUUAAAGCGCUUUUUCAAGGGUUGGCUGAAUGAUGCAGAAUGAUAACUGGGGGGGGGGGGGAGUAGUGUAAAUAGUUUUAUAUUUUGUCUCUUUUUAUAGGAGUUACAGAAGUUUUAGUUUUAGUCCCAUGUUAUACCCCUCUUUCCUCCCUCUGUGUUCCUCUGUUUAAGAAAACAAACAGAAGUCGGUACCUUUAGAAUUUUCUUUGCCAGGCUGCACAGUUUUUUUUUUUUUUUUUUUUUUUUUUUUUUACUCUUUUGCUGUUUGUGUGAGCUGUACAUUUUCAGUUUAGCAAAAAAUAGGUUCACUGAUCAUCAAGUUAGGUACAAAUUUAAAUGAUGGUUAAUGCUUUAAAGACCACGCUUCUUGACUGCAUUUGUCAGUAAUCACUACCAGAUCCAUCGUUUUAUGGUACUCAGUUGGCAAAAAAGCCUCUCGGAGCACAAUCAGAGACUUUCCAUUGUAAGCCUAUGUCUAGAAAUACCAAAAUAACAACCCCACUAGGUGCUGCCAGGAUACACUGGAAAAAAAUUGGAAAACUAACCAUAAACGCACACCGCUGUUGUAGUCUAUGAAAGAUUAAUUUAUGGGUAAGUCCAUAAAUAAUAUUUUUAUAAUUUUAGUGUAAAACUCUGAGACUGUAGAAUAAGUUAUUGUUCUGUAUCUUAUUAUUGAAAAGGUUAAACAACACUUUUUAAAAUCAGAAAACUGUAUUAUACUUGUUUUAACAAGGGUGCUCUGGCUGUAACUGUGGGAAAUGUUCUCUAGUAAAUAGGGGUUAUUAUUGUCGUUAUUUAAUUUUCUUGAUAUUUCCUCUGCGUACUCUAAAUGUUGUCAGAAUGCCGUCAUUUAGAAUUGGCUGCACUUGAGAAUAAGUGAUAACCAAACACCUCAAGAACAGAACUCUUCCCGUGUCCCUUGGCUUAAGUGUCUGGGUUUACUGGCUAAUCUUUCCUCGUUUUCAAAAUCAUUUGAGGAAUUAUAAACAAACAUAAUUGUCCAAAAAAGAAAUUCCUCUUUAAAAAACAUAAUAUAUAGGAGAAUGAAGCUCUGAUGUACAAAUCUAGGCCCUGUAUUCAGGGACACUUUCUUUUAAUAAUAAACUCUUGCUUUCAAGCGUGCAGUUGCCACAGUAGGUUGAAUUAAGUGCAUAUUCUUGAUUUUCACACUGGGUAGCUUUUGAGUUCCAAAGGUGAACAUUUUGUACAGUCAGCUUUAUAUGGGACAGCUUAUAGUCCCUAGAGAGGUACUAUAAAUCAAAUAAUUUGUCUCUCUAGAUGCCAAAAACAGGGUUAAGUAAUGCAGCUGCGGGGGGUAAUAGUUCAUCUUAAUGUUUUAUGUGUUUCAAGCUAUGUUGUCCAUUGGUAUGGUUUCAAGGACAACGUCAUGAACAAAUACUUUAUAAAAAGGAGGUUUUAACCCCUGUCAGAGCUCUUCAGUCUGUAGUUGCCAACUUUGUUGACCAAUAGUUAUAUAGCAGGAGAAGCUAAGUGCUUUCAUCAAUGGCUUUAGUCCACUAAAAGGAAUAUAGCUUCAGAUACCACACAUCCAAUAAAGUGAACGACUAGAGCUUACUAGGAGAAUCCUUGUUUGGGCACUGUUCUGCCUGUUUCUUGAUUCCAGACAGUGGCCCCAUCUGCUUCUACCACAGAGAAGAUGAAUAGCCAGUGGCUUUUUCUGGAAUCAGGAAAUAGACAGUGGACAAACCACAAGGUUUCGCCUAGGAAGUAUGUAGAUCUUAAAGUAAAAUCAACCAAACUCAAAACAAACAAAUUGAAAAUGGAAUUUGUUUGUCUUGCGUUUUCUUAUUGUAACUGGGAAGGUUCUACUUUCCCUCCUGUGGUGGUUGAUCUGGUAUUUGUACAUGAGUACUGUAUUGCUUAGCUCACUUAUAUUGGCCAGAUAAAGCAGUAGAAUCAGUGUAGGUCAAUUCAACAGUUUUUAGUCAUCAGCAUAAGGUAUGGCAAGAAUGCAAACUACCCAGGCUUGCAGAAAUUAGACUCCAGCCUUAAUGGUGAUCAACAUAGAACCACCUUGUAUCUGAAGUGCGCUUGAUCAGAAGAUCUGUAGUUUUAAAUUAAUCUAGCUGUAGCUUAAUUAAAACUAAUUACAAAUACUCCAUCUUGGAGAGUAUCAGAUCAUUUUAUCACAUCAUAAUGAAUAUCGCCAGUACAGCUCUACCACUAAAAACCAUUCCAUACCAAAUACAUUUUUUUGUUUGUCCAGAAUGCACUACUUUGGUAGAUGAAAAAGAUCAAAUGUACUGCGCUGAUCUUCUACUGAAAAGAGACUUGUCUGUUGUGAGGAUUUAAAGCAUUCACUGUAUGCUGCUUUCACCAGUUUGGAAAUGUAUCCUCUCUUACUGGCUGGACUGGUAUAUUUCAUCGUAUUUGAACUGUGUUUAAUGGUAAUGUUUACAACUGUGUACAUAUUAAGUUCCUGUCAGAAAGACGGCUGUAGUGGGGACAUCAGACCAGAAGAAACGCGCAGUACUGCGAGAUGAAAUGAUAAAUGGAUGAG